CUCCCCCGAGCACGAUGCCGCGCAGGAAUGUGAAAGGCUCCCGCCCGCCGCCAUUUUCUUUCUUUCUUGGCAGGCAGCGAGUAGGGCAGGAAGCGGCGGCGGAGCGGCUAUGGCGGAUUAUUCCACGGUGCCCCCUCCUGCUUCGGGCGCGCCCGGAGGAGGAGGAGGCGGAGGUGGGGGAGUCAACGAUGCCUUUAAAGACGCACUGCAGCGGGCUAGGCAGGUGUGUAAUGUGGGCACCAGCCCAUCGGUAGCUCCGACCCUCAGGCUCGGGGGCCUGGAAGCGGCUCCCGAUAGGGCCUCCUCUGAUCCUCAGCACCGGAAUCUCCCCUCUACCUAUUCUGGGACAAAUAGGAUUGCAGCAAAAAUUGGAGGUGAUGGAGGGACAUCAAUGAAUUCAAAUGAUUACAGUUAUGGAGGACAAAAAAGACCUCUUGAAGAUGGAGAUGGCUCUUGGACAAGUCCGAGCAGUACAACACACUGGGAGGGAAUGCCCUCUCCUUUUAAAGAUCAACCAGAUGCUAAGAAAGUUGCUCCUCAGAAUGACUCUUUUGGAACCCAGCUACCCCCGAUGCAUCAGCAACAAAGGUCUGUAAUGACAGAGGAGUACAAAGUUCCAGAUGGAAUGGUUGGAUUCAUAAUUGGCAGAGGAGGAGAACAGAUUUCACGCAUACAGCAAGAAUCUGGAUGCAAAAUACAGAUUGCUCCUGAUAGCGGUGGCCUGCCUGAUAGAUCUUGCAUGUUAACUGGAACACCUGAGUCUGUUCAGUCUGCAAAGAGACUGCUUGACCAGAUAGUUGAAAAGGGAAGACCUACACCUGGCUUUCAUCAUGGUGAUGGACCAGGAAAUGCUGUCCAAGAAAUUAUGAUUCCAGCUAGUAAGGCAGGAUUAGUUAUUGGAAAAGGUGGAGAGACCAUUAAGCAACUUCAGGAACGAGCAGGAGUCAAAAUGGUCAUGAUUCAAGAUGGGCCACAGAACACUGGUGCAGACAAACCUCUUAGGAUUACAGGAGACCCUUACAAAGUUCAACAAGCCAAGGAAAUGGUGUUGGAGUUGAUUCGUGAUCAAGGUGGCUUUAGAGAGGCGCGCAAUGAAUAUGGGUCAAGAAUAGGAGGAAAUGAAGGGAUAGAUGUCCCAAUACCACGAUUUGCUGUUGGUAUUGUAAUUGGAAGAAAUGGAGAGAUGAUCAAAAAGAUACAGAAUGAUGCUGGUGUUAGAAUCCAGUUUAAGCCAGAUGAUGGAACAACUCCAGAUAGAAUAGCCCAAAUUACAGGACCUCCAGACAGAUGUCAACAUGCUGCAGAAAUUAUUACAGACCUCCUUCGAAGUGUCCAGGCUGGUAAUCCUGGUGGUCCAGGACCUGGUGGUCGAGGAAGGGGUAGAGGCCAAGGCAACUGGAACAUGGGGCCUCCUGGUGGAUUACAGGAAUUUAAUUUUAUUGUACCCACUGGAAAAACUGGAUUAAUCAUUGGAAAAGGUGGUGAAACUAUCAAAAGCAUAAGUCAGCAAUCUGGGGCUAGAAUAGAACUUCAGAGAAAUCCUCCACCAAAUGCAGAUCCUAACAUGAAGUUGUUUACUAUCCGCGGGACACCACAGCAAAUUGAUUAUGCUCGGCAACUUAUAGAAGAAAAGAUUGGAGGUCCAGUAAAUCCUUUGGGUCCACCUGUUCCUCAUGGGCCCCACGGUGUUGUUCCUGGCCCACAUGGACCUCCUGGCCCACCAGGUCCUGGCAAUCCUAUGGGACCUUAUAAUCCUGCUCCUUAUAAUCCAGGGCCUCCUGGUCCAGCACCUCAUGGCCCUCCAGCCCCAUAUGCUCCACAAGGGUGGGGAAAUGCUUAUCCACACUGGCAGCCACCAAAUCCACCAGAUCCAGGUAAACCAGGAACAGAUCCCAAUUCAGCAGCGUGGGCAGCUUAUUAUGCUCACUACUAUCAGCAGCAAGCACAGCCGCCACCUGCAGCCCCUCCUGGUGGACCACCUACAACCCAAACUAAUGGACAAGGAGAACAACCAAAUCCAGCACCAGCAGGGCAGGUUGAUUACACCAAAGCUUGGGAAGAGUACUACAAAAAAAUGGGUCAACAAGGGCAGCCACAAGAUUAUUCAAAGGCUUGGGAGGAAUAUUACAAGAAGCAAGGUCAAGCAGUUCCAGCUCCAGCUGGGGCCCCACCAGGUCAGCCUGAUUAUAGUGCAGCAUGGGCUGAAUACUACAGACAGCAAGCAGCAUAUUAUGCCCAGACAAGUCCACAGGGAAUGCCACAGCAUCCUCCAGCACCACAGUGCCUUCCCAGACCUUCCACCUUAGGUUCUGCUGCAAAAAGCAACAGUGCUGAAGAUGCUGCAAGCACCAAAUCAUAGCUCAUAAAAUCAGGUCCUGAGAUAGUUACUACCAAUAAAGAGGAAUCCUUUGAGUGUAUGCCAUUGGUGAGCCGAUGAGCACGGACCAUAGAAGGGGUCCAUGUAGAAGGUAAAAUUGGCAAAACAACAGAUUUGAAAUGUAUCCCAUACAUAAUGGUGUAGGGUAUAAUUUUUUUGUCUGAUCACUUGUCAUUCUUUAAAGUGCUAUUUGCUUGACCAUAAAUGUUCAAUAAUCUGUUUAGUUUUAAAAACUAUGUGGCUAAUAUUAAACUAUAUAUUUUAAUUUAUAUUCUUCUAAGCAGUCAAGCUUAGAUAUAUUUACCUUCUGAAAUUAAUAGUUGCACUUAAUUCCCUCAAGCCACUUCAUUUUUGUUUACUUGUAGUUUGAUAUGUAACUCAUUUAUUUUUCACAAGAGAACUAGGUAUGUACCCCCCGUGGGUUUUAAAUCCUAAGAAUUUAUUGUCUGGGGUGGGAUUUCAAUUUCACUUCCUUAAACAUGCUGCUUUUUAUUUCACCGUUACAUGAAUAUUUUAAUAAUUAAAAUCUUAAAUUGAGUAAAUUUAGAAAGUGGGAGGAAAUAGAAAAGACAGGCCAGUUAUUUGGAUUGAUGAUGGGGUGUGAAAGUCAUAAUGGCUUCAGUUUAGUGUUUGUGGCAUAUUGAUUUUCAGCUCACUUAUUGCUGGACUUAUAGGCAUAUUUUAUGCUAAGUGUAGUGUUAUUAUUUAAAUCAGUCUCCAAACUAUUUCUUUUAGAGGACAGAAGAUAAGAUUCUAGUAAUUUAAUUAUUUCUGAGCGAAGAUUGUUUUUGUGAUUUGGUAGAAAAGUAACUGAACUUUCCAAAAUGGGACGUUAAAUAAAUGUAUCUUGAUUUGAUAGAACCCCGCAAAUGAAAUAGGAAGUUGAGUACUGCAGUUUUAAAAGGGAAGUAGGGGGAGUGUAAUGUUUAAUAUAGUAAAAGCAUUUACAGAUCACUUUCUUCAGUCUUUAUACUGUAUGACAUGCCAUGAAAUACAUCAGCUGGAAGGAUAAUCUUCAUUUGGAAGUAUCAUAGUGUAUUUUGGUGUCCAGGCAGGUUGUAUUAUUAUUCACUGCACAGCCUAUCUUAUGUGAAAUAUUUCAUCUUCUUCCAUAACAGUUUUAUUGGAUGCUAGAAACUAUUUCCCCCCCUCAUGAAAUAGCUUUUCUAUGUUUCCUUUGCAUGUUGUAAAUUGGCAAAAUUUGGGCCGUCCAGUAAGCAUACAGUUGACAGGGUUCCCUCUUCCCUAGUAAUACACUAUAAAACUCUCAUGUAUAUGCACAUAUUUCUCUUAUGCAUGUGAGAUGCAUUUUCGUCCUGAGAAAAGUGUUCUCUACAGAAACUACCCGUGUGUAAAAAGAAGAUUGGCUUUAUAAGGCUACUGUGAUGGGAAGUGUCUUAGGGAGAUGCAGCUUGGACUUGAGGUAAAUUGAAUGCUUUACAAAAUGUGGUUUUGAGCUUGCAUUAUUGACAUUGUAUGUAAUAUGGGUACACAUUAACUGUAUAACAUUUUUGUAUGGUUUUAUGGUUUUCUCAAUAAAUGUAAAAUGAUG